GUUCUUCCGGUGGAGACGUGGCUCUAUGCUGCUGCCAUAUUGAAGCUAGCUAGCUAACAGUCACAGGACUGGUAUCCGACCGAUAAGUAGGACUCCGGUGUUUUCAGUGUGAUUUAGAUUCGCCAGAGCAAGAGCUACGACGGACUGAAGAUCGUUGUCCUGUAGAGAGACCGAAAAUGGUGCUGUUGGCAGCGGCGGUGUGCACGAAGGCCGGCAAGGCCAUUGUGUCUCGGCAGUUUGUGGAAAUGACCCGGACGCGUAUUGAGGGUCUCCUUGCAGCAUUUCCCAAGCUGAUGAACACAGGCAAGCAACACACCUUUGUGGAAACCGAGAGUGUUCGCUACGUGUACCAGCCACUGGAGAAGCUGUAUAUGGUUCUCAUCACCACUAAGAACAGUAACAUCCUGGAAGACCUUGAGACACUCAGACUCUUCUCCCGUGUGAUCCCAGAGUACUGUCGUGUGCUGGAGGAGAGUGAGAUAUCGGAGCACUGUUUUGACCUGAUCUUUGCCUUCGAUGAGAUUGUUGCACUGGGUUACAGAGAAAAUGUCAACCUAGCCCAGAUCCGCACCUUUACAGAGAUGGACUCCCACGAGGAGAAGGUGUUCCGUGCUGUGAGAGAGACCCAGGAGAGGGAAGCUAAGGCAGAAAUGAGGAGGAAGGCCAAGGAGUUGCAGCAGGCCAGGAGAGAUGCUGAGCGCUCUGGUAAGAAGUUGCCAGCGUUUGGAGGGUUUGGCAGUGCUGGCAUGACCAGCGUCUCUUCGGGGUCCAUCAUCACAGACACCAUUGUUGAGCCUGAGAAACCUAAGAUGGCCCCUGCUCCAGCCAGACCAAGUGGACCCAGUAAGGCUCUGAAGCUGGGUGCCAGAGGUAAAGAGGUGGACAACUUCGUUGACAAGCUCAAAUCUGAGGGGGAAACCAUUAUGCCAAGUUCAGGGAAAAGGGGUUCAGAUGCAUCUAAAGUUCUGCCACCACCAGUCAAUGUGGAAAGCGUGCACCUGCGUGUGGAGGAGAAGAUCUCCCUUACGUGUGGCCGUGAUGGUGGCCUGCAGAACAUGGAGGUACUGGGCAUGGUCACACUUCGAGUCACAGAUGACAAGAAUGGACGAAUCCGCCUUGUAAUUAACAACAACGACAAUAAAGGAUUGCAGCUGCAAACACAUCCAAAUGUUGACAAGAAACUGUUCACAGCCGAGUCAGUGAUUGGCCUGAAGAACCCAGAGAAAUCUUUUCCACUUAACAACGAUGUGGGUGUGCUGAAAUGGAGGCUCCAGACCACAGAUGAGUCCCUCAUACCUCUAACCAUAAACUGCUGGCCUUCAGAGAGCGGUAGCAGCUGUGAUGUUAACAUUGAAUACGAGCUGCAGGAAGAGAGCCUUGAACUCAAUGAUGUUGUUAUCAGCAUUCCUGUGCCGUCUGGUGUGGGUGCUCCAGUGAUUGGUGAUCUUGAUGGGGAGUACAAGCAUGACAGCAGGCGGAACAUUCUUGAAUGGUGCCUACCUGUCAUUGAUGCCAACAACAAAACGGGCAGCCUUGAGUUCAGCAUUGCUGGGCAACCCAACGAUUUCUUCCCUGUCAACGUGUCCUUUGUGUCCAAACGCAACUAUUGUGACAUUCAGGUUACCAAAGUGACUCACGUAGAUGGUGACAACUCCGUCAAAUUCUCGUCAGAAACUUCCUUUGUGGUUGAUAAAUACGAAAUCUUGUAGAGGAUGAAAAAAAGGAAAGAAUAAAUCACAUAAAAAAGUCCAAAUCUACACUACCGAGAAUGAUUGAAGAAUCCUUGCCUGCCCGCCCUGUAUACUGUUUUAGAGACUGUACUUCGCCAGGACUACAUCGUCCCUCUUUUGAAAGCCUCUUUCUGUGGUGGAGCAGAGCACUGAUGAUGUAUUUAUAUGUUUGUAUGAGAGAAGAUCAUCUAUAUAUAAAGAGUUAAUUGAACAGGAAAAACAAACCGACAGAGUUUUAAACCAUCCCAGUUGCUCUUGUAUCCGCCAAGCAGAACCAUGAACAGGACUUCUAAUAAGUAGAGGAUGACUAAGAGUGCAGGAGAGGUUGGGGUGAUGACGGAAAUUCGCCAACCGGUGUUGAGCCCAUCAAUUUGUAUUGCCCUGUUAGGAAGCACAGGGAGCUGAAGUUGGCUUGUCUUACAACCAUCCCCCAUAACAAAAACUUAGCCAGCUUAUGAGUCUUUUCUCUCCCAUUGAGAGUUUAAAAGCUGGUAGUUAAGCAUCCCUUAAAGCAUACAUCCUCCACAACCUAUUCUACACAUUAUGAAUUGCUUUGCAGUGGUUUGACUUAAGUGAUCCCUAAAUGAUUUUUUUUUUCUUCUUUUAAAUCAGAUUUUUCUGUCUGUCACAACUGCAGGAUUACAAGUGUCUCAAUCAUAUCCCUGUCAUUCUUAAAAGUUGAUCUGUAACAAUCUGUUCUAUUGAUAUGUCUCUUCAGAUUCAUUGUUUUAAGAACGGUUCCUAUUUCUUAAACUGGGUGCUUUAGCUGUAACAUAUUGUCAAUAGUUUAAGUCUUGCAGAACAUCGCUGUAUUCACUGUACUUAUUGUGUGGACUGCCUGCAGUUUUCAUCAAUAAUACUAUUGCAAUACCUUUUUUUACUUUGCUACUUUUUAUUGCCCCCCCCACACCCUGUAUUUCCUUUAUAAUUUGUCAGAACACAGAUAUUGGUCUUGCUAAUACUAAAUAGGAUAGGUUAUUGGAAGUUGACAAUUGAAGAGCGAAGUUGUGCGAGACAUUGUUGGCUGCAUUGCGAAGUUACCUGCCAGCAAAUAUGUUUUGACUUUUGAUCCUGUUAAUCUGAUAAGUGAUCGGUUCAUGAUACCAUUGCUACCACUCCCUAAUUGUUAAAUACCUGUUAUAGAGAUACUGUGUCAUUUAAAUUUGAUACAUGGUAGUUCUUUGAGCUUCGACAUAGUGACAAGACAGAGUAACAGUACCUUGAACGUGGCCUGAAAAUUACAUUUAAACUCCCUUUACCCCAGAGGUCACUUUGGACCUGAGUAUGAAGUAAGAUCUGUGUCGGCGAGAUGGCGGACUUCAACAGACUGGGCACGGUUUAGAAAGAAAACUUGGAACAUUUCUAUCCGCAUCACUUCAUCUCCACAAAGUAGCAAGGAGAGAUGCUGGCCGGCAGCGUUCACCCCCUUGUAAAAACGUUCAAGUAGUUUCAGGGCACCUUUGGCAGUACAAACCGUACAUACCACAGCACUCAAUGGGACUGAGCUCUGCCUUUCACGUCGGCCCCCACUGACACCUCUCUGUCAUCCUUUACUUACUUUAUCAUUGUAUAUCAACAUUAUUCAAGACAACAUGUUUGUUGUCAUGUUUCUUGUUUUUUUUUUUGUAUUUUUUUUUCUCUUCAUUGUACUCCCAAGUUUCAACAUAGCAAUGGUUGUAUGGAUGUGGGGUUGAAAAUGACUAGAUCGAGCAUUUUUAAUUCAAUAAUUACUGAGGGGGAAACUUAACAUUCCAGUGUACAAUUAGAAAACAAAAAGACAUUUAAAUGGAAUAAAAUGUAUUAUCAAAA